GUUGUAAACACUACUGAGUGAAGCCCCCCGCUCUUCGCCUUCCUCACUCUCAAAAUUAAGAAAACACGCACGCUCUCUCUCUGAUUCCCCAUUUGUUUUAUUAAAAACUAGGGUUUUCAAAUUACCAUCAAUCAACCAUGUCGUUGAGACCUAGCGCGAGAACCGAGGUUCGUCGGAACAGAUACAAAGUCGCAGUCGACGCUGAUGAGGGUCGCCGGAGAAGAGAGGACAAUAUGGUGGAGAUCCGCAAGAACAAGCGUGAAGAGAGUUUGCUAAAGAAGCGACGCGAAGGUCUCCAGGCACAACAGUUCCCUCCCGCUCUUCUCUCUUCUUCUAAUGUGGAAAAGAAGUUAGAGAGUUUGCCUUCGAUGGUGGCUGGUGUUUGGUCUGAGGAUGGCAAUUUGCAGCUUGAAUCAACUACUCAGUUUCGGAAACUGCUUUCGAUUGAGAGGAGUCCUCCGAUAGAGGAAGUUAUACAAGCUGGGGUUGUUCCACGAUUUGUUGAGUUUCUUGUUAGGGAGGUUCCUCAGCUUCAGUUUGAGGCUGCUUGGGCUCUCACAAACAUUGCCUCUGGAACUUCAGAGAACACUAAGGUGGUAAUUGAUCAUGGUGCGGUUCCAAUAUUUGUCAAGCUUCUUGGUUCUCCCAGUGAUGAUGUUAGGGAGCAGGCUGUGUGGGCAUUGGGAAAUGUUGCUGGUGACUCUCCUAAGUGCCGGGAUCUUGUGCUGAGCCAUGGAGCCUUGAUUCCAUUGCUGGCACAGUUGAAUGAACAUGCAAAGCUUUCAAUGCUGAGGAAUGCUACAUGGACACUAUCAAACUUCUGCAGGGGCAAGCCACAGCCUCCAUUCGAGCAGGUGAGGCCAGCCCUUCCUGCACUUGAACGUCUUGUACAUUCAACUGAUGAAGAAGUCCUAACUGAUUCUUGCUGGGCACUCUCUUAUCUUUCUGAUGGUACAGAUGAUAAAAUCCAAGCUGUUAUUGACGCAGGUGUCUGUCCACGACUCGUGGAGCUCCUCCUCCAUCCUUCUCCUUCAGUGCUUGUUCCUGCCCUCCGCACAGUUGGAAAUAUUGUGACAGGGGAUGAUAUGCAGACCCAGUGCAUAAUUAACACUGGUGCACUCCCAUGCCUUCUAAGCCUGUUGACGCAUAAUCAUAAAAAGAGCAUCAAGAAAGAAGCUUGCUGGACUAUCUCAAACAUCACUGCUGGAAACAAGGAGCAGAUCCAGGCUGUUAUUGAGAAUGGUUUAAUUGGCCCGCUUGUUAAUUUACUUCAAAAUGCGGAGUUUGAUAUAAAGAAAGAAGCUGCUUGGGCUGUGUCUAAUGCUACUUCAGGUGGCACUCACGAGCAAAUUAAGUUUUUGGUCAGUCAGGGAUGUAUUAAACCAUUGUGCGAUCUUCUUGUAUGCCCUGAUCCAAGGAUUGUAACUGUAUCUCUUGAAGGAUUAGAGAACAUUCUGAAGGUUGGGGAAGCGGAGAAGAAUUUGGGGAACAGUGGAGAUGCUAAUUUCUAUGCCCAGAUGAUAGAUGAUGCUGAGGGACUAGAAAAGAUUGAAAAUCUACAGAGUCAUGACAACAAUGAGAUAUAUGAGAAGGCAGUCAAGAUUCUCGAGACUUACUGGUUGGAAGAAGACGAUGAGACUUUGCCUUCAGGUGAUGGUGCCCAGCAAGGAUUUCAGUUUGGUGGGAACGAUGUUCAAGUUCCAUCUGGUGGAUUCAACUUUUAGCUGAAGGAAUCUGUAGAGUUUGGAAUGGUGAAGCAGUUCUUGGUUGGGGUGACAAAUUAUGUCAGGGUCAAGUUGGGUCUGGUCUCGGCACCUCGUUUCUUGUUACAGUCUGUUAUAGAGUCCAUCGUGGUCAAAGAGGUGCCUAACAGGUCAGUCUAUACUACAGCUUAUGAUAAGAAGGGGGUCAGGAAGGUGCUAUAGCAACAUUGUUACCUGGUCAGCCAUGCUUGAUAUUUUGGCCUUAUUGCUGUGGAGUGGCAUGGAGGGUGUUAAGAAGUCCAUUGUUGCAUAACCCUUAGCUUUGAUCACUGAACACGCUGGGGGAGGUUUUCUUGUACGCUGAUCGAAAUCCUUUUAUGUUGAGUCAUGUUGUGCUAGUAUUUUUUUAUAUAUAUGUGUAGUCUAUUUGGUUUGUCUUUGAUUGGGUGAAUAUGGUAUUUGAUAAACCUCAUAUAUCUUGGUGUCUUUGAUGGAAAGAAAUGAAUUAGCAGUAUUUUAUUUUUUU